CCUGAGUAGGUCUCACGACGCGAAAAUAGUAUUGUCCCUUCCCGUAUUAAAUAUUGCAGAAGUACUGAGCAUGGUGCUAUGUACCCUAAUGAUUUCCCAAACCUUACUUGUUGACCAGUUAUUUACAAGGAACCAUGUGCGAAAACUCAUAGAUUUAUUUCUCACAAAGUUGAUGAUCACCACUUACGCUAAGCCCUGACUACACCCUGGUGGAAAAUGCUAGAGCACUAGCACGCGUUCAAGGCCAUCCUCAUGGGAAAUACGCAGCGCCCCAAACGUGGAAAAAUUUCACGCAAAACAAACCAAUGAACACACCUGUUUCACCACCUCACGACUCUUUACAAAACUGUGUUAGGGAAUCUCGUUCCUCGAAGUUUUCCAAGAAUCUAUGAUGUACGAAAAUGGGAUAAUGGCGGAAGGCGGUCCAGGGCGGGCCGCUACUAGUGAGAAACACACAAUCGGGAAGGAUGUGGCCAUUCAAAUGGUCGGGGAAAGAAGUCAUGCUGUUGACCCAAUGGUGACUGCACGUGCUGUGCGCAAAAUUGACUGGUUCCUCAUUCCAGCCAUGACUAUGGGCUAUGGACUUGUAUAUUAUGACAAGGCUAUUCUUGGCUCAGCUGCCUUAUUUGGCAUGACGGCAGACCUUAAACUGAGUGUGGCCAAUCCGAACAACCCGUCUCUUGUUGAUACGUCCCGACUGUCAUGGGCGACAUCCUUGUUCUACUUUGGCAUGUUGGCGGGACUGUAUCCUAUGUCAUAUGCGCUUCAACGCUUUGAGAUUGGUAAAACUUUAGGCCUGGUUGUAUGUACGUGGGCUCUUAUAUGCAUGCUGACGGCUUCGGUCACAUCUUAUCAAGGGCUAUAUGCUCAACGAUUUUUCCUUGGCUUUAUCGAGAGCAUCAUUCCCACGGGAUUUAUGACAAUCGUGUCGGGUUACUAUACACAGCAGGAACAAUCUUUGCGGCAAAGUUGGUGGUUCUCGUCUACUGGAUGGUGGACCAUCAUUGGUGGUGGGCUGAACUAUGGCUUCGCGCAAAUCACCGGCGGUGGACUGCAUCGAUGGCAAUACAUCUAUCUUCUGGCAGGGUCCCUCACAUUCUUGUUUGGCCUAUUUUGCUUUACUAUUCCAAGCUCUCCUGUUACUGCUUGGUUUCUGUCCGAGGACGAGAAAUUUGCUGCAGUCGAAAGGUUAAGAGCAGGACAAACGGGCAUACGCUGCACUCAGUUCAAAUGGGCACAAGUCAAGGAGAGCCUUCUCGAUGUGAAAAUCUGGCUGAUUUUCAUUAUGAUGGCGUCUGCCUAUACUGUGAAUGGCGCAGUUUCUGGCUUUGGUCCGUUGAUCGUAUCGACCUUUGGAUGGAAUACACUUCAGGCAAUCUUGUUUCAAUUUCCACUUGGUGGGCUUUGUCUGAUCGUGAUUCUUCUGACUGGGUGGCUGGGCUCACGAUUUCCAAACAUCCGCAUUGUUAUGCUGAUAGUAUGCUGCUUGCCAGUUAUUGCAGGCUGUGCGCUUAUUUGGAGAAGUGAGUGGUCAUACCACGCCGCUGCACCUGUGGUCGGAUAUUCCAUCACAGGCACUUUUGGUGGAGUCGUCAGUCUUGUCAUAACUAUUGGCAUGUCGAAUGUCGCUGGCCAUACCAAGAAGAGCUUUACCUCGGCCACCAUCUUCGUGGGGUACUGCGUCGGGAAUAUCAUCGGCCCACAGCUAAUCAAGUCUCAGACCAAAGCAGACCACUAUCCAGAGUUAUGGCUGGGGCUCAUCAUCUGCUACUGCAUUACCAUUGUCGCUGCAGUGGUGCUUUAUUUUGUGUUGCGAAGCGAGAACCAAAAGAAGGAAGCAUUGCACAAUUAUGACGAGACAGAAAGAGCAAAACUUGCGUUCCAGGACUUGACUGACAAGGCAAACCCCUACUUCAAAUACCAGCUCUAAGAAGCUGCACUGGCUGGCCCGAGGUCGUCGGCAUUCUCUCUCGUAUGUAUUCGCAUUGCGGAUGUACUAACGUUGGAGGGUCCGCACGCACGACGCUUGGAUCCUCUAGUUCCCAAAUCUAGUCGGGCCUCAUGACUUCUGGGCAAGGGUCAAGCUUUGGUCAUAAAGCCGAAUUUGACCCUCGAAAACUACUUAAACCCAGGAGUCCGCAAGAUAAAUAGAAUAAAGUAAAGCCUUCAGUGACCAAUGGUGGGCAGGUUAGAGCUACAGUGCGAGUACGCGCAGCGAGCUGGAAGAGUCAAGAGACUACAUAAUAGUAGACAAGAAUACACCGUCGUGGUGACCCAAGGUGGCUUAUUAGGCCAAGGGAGUUUUUCUUUUCUGUUCACACGACGUGAUCGUUCCAAAUAAUAGAGAAGUCUACAAUGACUAGCAAACGAGUAAGCAAGACUCGGAACUCUCGC